AUGUCCCGAUCCGCCGCAGACGCCACCCGCUUCACGGCCACAGGCCCCUACGCCAGUUCCAAGCCCGGAGCCCCGGCCUAUAAACUCCCCGGCUUCAUGUCGAACUCCGGAAACAACAGCAAUGCCAACCCAUCACCGGGGUCAGGAGGGCAGCCGGAGACGCCGAAGCAGAAGGUCGAGCGGUUGCGGGCGCAGGCAAAGGCAGCGAGAAUGGCGCAGUCGUCGUCGGGGUUUGAUCGGUUUCUCGGGGCGGGGCGGGAUCUUGCGAAUAAGGCUCAUAAGGUGACGGUUUAUUCUUUGAUUGCUGCGUCGGGCGUCUGUGGUGUCCUCACGGUCUACUCCAUCAUCUCCCUAACACUCUACAACCGCCGCCAAAAAGCCCUCUGGGUCGAAAACGAGCUCAAGAGACUCGAAGACGCGAAACGAGCACAUGCCAGCGGCAUCGCAACCCCCGAGCAAGCCGAGAUCGUGAAGAACGAGAUGAUUGGGGAGAUUUACAAGCGCAAGAAGGACGAGGAGAAGGAGCAGCGGCCCUGGAACCAGGUGAAACGGUAUCUAUUCGGCGGGUUGAAGGCGGAUGAAGCUGCGGCCGCGCCUGAGUCUGCGGUUGCUGUCGACGGUCAGAAUAAGCCGGGUGUGCUGGAUGCGCUUAAUGCGAAGGCUGCGGUGGACGCCAAGUCGAAGGGCGAGCAAGUGCCGGGGCAGCUGGAUGUUCUUGCGGAGAACGCAGAGUCUACUGCUAAGCAGGCAUCACGAAGCUGGACGAGCUGGCUUACCGGACGGUGA